CACUCGCCUAAUUGGUCGCGCCUAACCAGCACCACAGCGUCUAAGAUUCCCACAUUAAAAUGAGCUGUCCUGAUGAUAUAGAGCUUAAAAUAAUCCAAGAGGAAGAUCGUCAACAAAUCCGUGAAAUCUUGAGAAAAUAUUUUUUCACCGAUGAGCCCUUAACGGGCUACACAGAACCGCAAGGAGUGGCUUCACCAGGGGAGGAGGAAUUUCUUUUGGACAACAUCAAAUAUGGUAGCUGUGUUAUGGCGGUGCAUAAACCAAGCAAUAAAAUUAUUGGUGCUUGUAUAGCCGGGCCACAGGGUAUAGAUGAGGCCGACCAAUUGUUUGAAGCAGCUGCCAUAGAAGGCAACACCAAAUGGGGGAAAAUUUUAAAGCUACUCGGCUGCAUUGAACGUGAUGCCAAGGUUGGUCAACGUUAUGGCGUUGAGAGAAUUCUCUAUAUCAUUGGAACAUGUGUGGAUCACACGAUGCGUGGUCGGAAUAUUGCUGCGAGAUUCUAUGAUUUUCUACGAGAUUUGGGUAGAGAGAAGGGUUAUCAACUGCUGAGGGCCGAUUGCAGCAGUUUCUAUUCGGCCCGAAUCAAGGAGCACCAGGGUUGGGAUUGUAUCAACACAGUUGUUUACAAGGAGUAUUUGGAUGAGAAUGGGAAGCCUGUUUUCGAUCCACCACCUCCACAUGUUUGCUGUAAAUCGUAUGCCUUGAGAUUGUGAAGGAAGUUGAUCAACAAAUUUUGAGGAUUGAU